AUGACCAGUGGCCCCACAUGUUGGGUUCGGACAACCAGAUCACGAGCGACACCACGGGAGCACCAAGAGCGGCCCCUCAUUCGACAGAGCUCCGCCACAUUGGGAGCGGUGGCCCCGCCUAAGAUCGCCGGUCCCUCUGCCAACCCGCCGCUCUCCUGGCAGAGCAGUCCGGCCUGCCCGUCCUCAAGAGCAAGGCGGACACAUCAUGUCGGCUAUGGGCCAUCUCUGGGGUCUGACGUCUCCAAGCAGGCCGCCGACAUGAUCCUGCUGGACGACAACUUUGCCUCCAUCGUCACUGGAGUGGAAGAAGGCCGUUUGAUCUUCGACAACUUGAAGAAGUCCAUCGCCUACACUCUGACCAGUAACAUCCCUGAGAUCUCCCCCUUCCUCCUCUUCAUCUGCGCCAACAUCCCUCUGCCCCUGGGAACCGUCACCAUCCUCUGUAUCGACCUGGGAACUGACAUGGUACCUGCCAUCUCCCUGGCUUAUGAAGAAGCUGAGAGCGACAUCAUGAAGAGACAGCCCAGGAACCCCAAAACAGAUAAACUUGUAAAUGAAAGGCUCAUCAGUAUAGCCUACGGACAGAUUGGUAUGAUGCAGGCCACAGCUGGGUUCUUCACAUACUUUGUGAUCCUGGCUGAAAACGGCUUCCUCCCCAUGGACCUGCUGGGGAUCAGAAUGAAGUGGGACGACAAAAGUAUAAAUGACCUGGAAGACAGCUACGGACAGCAGUGGACAUACGAGCGCAGAAAGAUCAUAGAGUUCACAUGUCACACAGCGUUCUUCGCCAGUAUUGUGGUCGUCCAGUGGGCCGAUCUCAUCAUCUGUAAGACCAGGAGGAACUCCAUCCUGCAACAAGGAAUGAAGAACCGUAUCCUGAUCUUUGGACUGUUCGAGGAGACAGCUCUGGCUGCUUUCCUGUCGUACUGCCCGGGCAUGGACAUUGCCCUCAGAAUGUACCCCCUUAAGCCAUGUUGGUGGUUCUGUGCCUUGCCCUACUCCCUCCUCAUCUUCCUGUAUGAUGAAGGCAGAAGAUAUAUCCUCAGACGCAACCCAGGCGGCGGUGUGGAGCAAGAAAUGGAUUCAUACUACUGAAGCUCCCCAUUCGGAUGAGCCGACAGUCUAGUGGUUUUUCAUCGUUUAUUUACUGCCCAUGUUACAUAUUUCUCUGAGAUGGUUGCUCAGACUCAAAGAACAAAAAGCAAUGGAAGAAUAUUUUAUGUCCUCUGUCGGAUUCACCUCAACAUUUCAGCACCAUUUUA